AUGAGGUUGCAGGGUGGAGGAGAAGCAGUGGCGGCGCCUGCGCCCACGACAAUGAGGAUCACUGAUGGCCACCUUGCCAAAGCAGAUACUCCUGCGGUGAAGAGUCGCGCAUUUCAGUUGACCACAGAGGAGGCUCGAGCAGCGCCAGACGUUGUGGCUGUGACCUUUUUGGUCAAUGGUAUGUCGGCUCAUGUUAUUUUCGAUUCAGGAGCCACUCGAUCAUUCGUAUCUCUUGCGCUUAGCAAGAAGUUCCAGGAUGCUUCGGGGACUUUGGAUUCCCCGCUUGAGGUUAAGAUUGCAGAUGAUUGCACUGUGAGUGUUGUGAGGGUAUAUCGGGACUGUGUCCUGAAUGUGUUUGGGGAGAGGUUCCGUAUCGAUCUAGUUUCGAUACCGUUGCGUGGGUUAAAGGUGAUCGUCGGAAUCGACUGGUUGGGGGCCAAUAGGGCCAUGAUAAAUUGCGAACGCCAGCUAGUGAGAGUUCUAACCCCAAGUGGGAGAGAACUGGUUUUUAGGGAGAGAAGUCCCCGCAGGCGCCAAUCCUCUGUUCGGCUGUGA